UUAAACUUGUCACGCAGGGCAGGGACCCACAUAGCAUCACGAAGCGGGCUCUGCACAUACCUGCAGUUCCAUAGCUAGUUCAUGCCCACGCACACGCGUGUAUGCAGGGGUGCGUUUUGUAUGCAUGCGGUGUGCGCCCGCGUUGUCUCCCUCUCCUUUCACUCGACCUCUGGGGAAUCCCGGCUGUUCCCAGGGAAUCAGGGACUAGCGAGAUGAGUCAAAUAGCCCCUUUCCCCCCUGGUGGCUGCCAUCGCUGGGUCCUCGGAAUCUGCAGUGUCUCAUAUCACAAGCAGCUAAUAAUGGGAGACAGAAGAUGAGCCAGAGGCGGAGACGGGAGCGAGGAAGGGGCCGCUAUGGUGAUCAUGGCAGGGACGGUGAUGCUGGCGUACUACUUCGAGUACACGGACACGUUCACCGUGAACGUGCAGGGCUUCUUCUGCCACGACAGCGCCUACCGCAAGCCCUACCCGGGCCCGGAGGACAGCAGCGCCGUGCCCCCCGUGCUCCUCUACUCGCUGGCUGCCGGGGUCCCCGUGCUCGUGAUAAUAGUUGGAGAAACUGCUGUGUUUUGCCUACAACUAGCCACAAGGGAUUUUGAAAACCAGGAGAAAACUAUUUUAACUGGAGACUGUUGCUAUAUAAACCCACUGGUGCGGAGAACUGUACGAUUUCUUGGAAUUUAUACAUUUGGGCUGUUUGCUACAGAUAUCUUUGUAAACGCUGGACAAGUAGUUACAGGGAACCUGGCUCCACAUUUCCUCGCGCUGUGUAAGCCCAACUAUACGGCGCUCGGAUGUCAGCAGUAUACACAGUUCAUCAGUGGGGAAGAGGCCUGCACAGGCAACCCGGAUCUCAUCAUGAGAGCAAGAAAAACGUUCCCAUCCAAAGAAGCGGCUCUCAGUGUCUAUGCAGCUAUGUAUCUCACAAUGUACAUUACCAAUACAAUCAAAGCCAAAGGAACAAGACUUGCUAAGCCCGUUCUGUGCUUGGGCUUAAUGUGUUUGGCCUUUCUUACUGGACUCAACAGAGUAGCAGAAUAUCGAAAUCAUUGGUCAGAUGUGAUAGCAGGCUUUCUGGUUGGAAUAUCUAUAGCAGUAUUUCUGGUCGUGUGUGUGGUAAAUAAUUUCAAAGGAAGACAAGCAGAAAAUGAGCAUAUACACAUGGAUAAUCUGGCACAGAUGCCAAUGAUCAGCAUUCCUCGAGUAGAAAGUCCUUUGGAAAAGGUAACAUCUGUACAGGUGUCCCAAAUCCAACCUAUUGAGAAUGGUCAAGAAGAAAAUUCACAGGGGAGGUCCUUUAAAGACUGUCUUGCAAGACUCUUCAGCUGGAUAAUGGGAAUAAGCCACUGUGAACCCCACCAAUUAAGGCAAUAAACAACCACAUCACCGCCUUUGCAGAAGUCACAUGAUAUUGAAGCAGAUGGUUUUUCACUGCAUUGGACAUCAUCCCUUUUCACCAUCCAUUCUUAACACCCAAAAUUUGUUUGAUCACAAAAGAAGUUUAUAAAGUUGUCUAAUAAUUUUUAUAAUUUUUAAAUCCAUGUCAACUUAUCUGUUUCCCCCACUAGACUGUGAGCUCCUCAAAGGCAGGACUGUGUUUUUCUUCUCUGUUUUCCCAUCACCUACAACAAAGCCUUGCACAAAGUAGGUGUUCAAUUAAAAUGUGAUGACCAAAUGAGCAAAUUAAUUCUUAAAUGGAACAACUAGUUUAGAUUCUCACAGAAUCACUGAGACUGUGUGAAAAGUCAUAUUUGUAUAAGAAAUCCCUCCAUUUUGGGCUAGUUAAACUGUUUAAUUUUUCAUAUGUCUAUUCAGCAGUACACCAUAUUUCAUUUGAAGUGGACUUUGAAAGCCAUGGGGGUUUUUAUUUUAUUAUUCAGCAUGACAUUAUUUCCAUCCUAACAGAUUUCAGUGUGUGAAAAUACUUUAUGUUUAGAAAGUGUGUUCUAUACUAAAAUAAUGUUUGCACAUAAUAUUAUGCUAUAUUUCCCUUAAAAUAUCAUCCAUUCUAUACCUUCUAAGACUGGUGCUUCUGCUUUUGAAGGGGAAAAUGCCAAUUUUUACUGUAAUAAGUAAUGUAUCAUAAUUAAAAAUUAUUUAUUUGGA